AUGGCGGAGGCGCCGGAGGGGCCCGGGAGGCGCGGGAAGAGGACGGGAACCGAGGCCGGGGCAGAGGAGCCGGCCGAGGCGGAGCGGGCCGGGCGGCGGCGGAGGAGCUUCCAGCCGGCGGCGGAGACCCGGGGAACCACCGUCCUGCACGACACCAUCAAUGACCGCCCGCAGCCCCUGCCAGCGAGGUACUUCGACACAAAGACGACGGAACCCAUCAGCUUCUUCUUGUCCGGCCUGGAGGAGCUGCUGGCUUGGCAGCCCAACAGCAAUGACGACUUCAACAUCUCGGCCGUGCCGCUGGCCAAGCGCCAGCCCCCACUCCACAGCAGGAGGCCCCGGACGCUGGUGUGCCAUGACAUGCGUGGCGGGUACCUGGAGGACAGGUUCAUCCAGGGCUCAGCCACACGCAACCCUUACGUUUUCUACCACUGGCGCUACAUCGACAUCUUCGUCUACUUCAGCCACCACAAUGUCACCAUCCCACCCGUGGUCUGGACCAACGCGGCGCACCGGAACGGUGUCCCUGUGCUGGGCACGUUCAUCACGGAGUGGACGGACGGGGAGAAGCUGUGUGAGGCGUUCCUGGCCGGUGGGGAGGAGGCUUACGGAGCUGUGGCCGAGCAGCUCGCCCGCAUCGCCCAGCACUACCGCUUCGAUGGCUGGCUGGUCAACAUAGAGAACACGCUGAGCGUAAGCCAUGAUGGCCCUGCUCACCUCCCUGCCUUCCCCCUGCUCACCUCCCUGCCUUCCCCCUGGGAGAAGGGGGACCGUGGCGAGCGCGGCAUCCAGGGCAAGUUUGGCAAGACAGGGGUGGCCGGCAGCAGGGGCCACGCGGGGCCCAAGGGACAGAAGGGCAGCGUGGGCGCCCCGGGGGAGCGCUGCAAGAACCACUACGCCGCCUUCUCAGUGGGCCGCAAGAAACCCCUGCACAGCAAUGACUACUACCAGACCCUCAUCUUCGACACGGAGUUUGUCAACCUCUACAGCCACUUCAACAUGUUCACGGGCAAGUUUUACUGCUAUGUCCCUGGGAUCUACUACUUCAGCCUCAAUGUGCACACCUGGAACCAGAAGGAGACAUACCUGCACAUCAUGCACAAUGGGGCAGAGGUGGUGAUCCUCUACGCCCAGGUGAGUGACCGCAGCAUCAUGCAGAGCCAGAGCGUCAUGCUGGAGUUGCAGGAGCAGGACGAGGUCUGGGUGCGGCUCUACAAGGGCGAGCGUGAGAAUGCCGUCUUCAGCGAUGAGUAUGACACUUACAUCACCUUCACUGGCCACCUCAUCAAAUGCCGCAACGGCGUGGGGCAGCAUUCUGACCCCUCUUGCGGCGGCGGCGGCGGCAGCAGCGCCAUGGCGGAGGCGCCGGAGGGGCCCGGGAGGCGCGGGAAGAGGACGGGAACCGAGGCCGGGGCAGAGGAGCCGGCCGAGGCGGAGCGGGCCGGGCGGCGGCGGAGGAGGUGGAUGGCGGGGGCCGGGGUGGCGAUCGGGACCGGGGUCGGUGCUGUGAUCAAGACUGGGACCCAGACCGGGGCCGGGCCGGGGACCGGGAUGGGAAUCGGAGCCAGGGUGGGGACCGGGACUAGGAGCGGAAUGGGGAUCAGGACCAGGACCAGGAUGGGGAUUGGGACUGGGAUAGGGGUGGGGACCGGCAUGGGGACCAGUGCCCGGGCUCGCGGGGCCCAGGAGGGCGCUGACCGCGGUGCUGGUCCGACCCGGCACUCACCCCCAUCCCGGGGCAGCUUCCAGCCGGCGGCGGAGACCCGGGGAACCACCGUCCUGCACGACACCAUCAAUGACCGCCCGCAGCCCCUGCCAGCGAGGUACUUCGACACAAAGACGACGGAACCCAUCAGCUUCUUCUUGUCCGGCCUGGAGGAGCUGCUGGCUUGGCAGCCCAACAGCAAUGACGACUUCAACAUCUCGGCCGUGCCGCUGGCCAAGCGCCAGCCCCCACUCCACAGCAGGAGGCCCCGGACGCUGGUGUGCCAUGACAUGCGUGGCGGGUACCUGGAGGACAGGUUCAUCCAGGGCUCGGCCACACGCAACCCCUACGUUUUCUACCACUGGCGCUACAUCGACAUCUUCGUCUACUUCAGCCACCACAAUGUCACCAUCCCACCCGUGGUCUGGACCAACGCAGCGCACCGGAACGGUGUCCCUGUGCUGGGCACGUUCAUCACGGAGUGGACGGACGGGGAGAAGCUGUGUGAGGCGUUCCUGGCCGGCGGGGAGGAGGCUUACGGAGCUGUGGCCGAGCAGCUCGCCCGCAUCGCCCAGCACUACCGCUUCGAUGGCUGGCUGGUCAACAUAGAGAACACGCUGAGCUCCCUGCGCCUGAUCCGGCAGCACAGCCUCUCCGCAGCCAUCUUCGCUCCCGGCUGGGUCUAUGAGCACCUGGGGGAGGAAAACUUCCUGCAGAACGAGAACAGGUUCUGGGCUUUGCUGGCCGAGUAUUUGCCCACACACAGCAUCUGCACGCUGCCCCUCGCCACCUCCUUCAGCCUGGGCAUGGGCACCAGCAGGUUCCUGGAUGGGAAGGAUGAAGAGUCUGGGCCCUGGUAUGACCUGAGCCUGCAGGAGAUCCAGCCCCUGUACCCGGAGCAGCAGGGCAGGUUGAGCACCAGCUGCUGCCUGCAGGACGCCUGGUGUGGGGGCAGCUCCCUGCGGCUGCAGGGGACCAUUCCCCCCGGCGAGGAGCGCGUGGCCAUCCGCCUCUUCUCUUUGCAGAUGCCGGCACCCCCCAAGCUCUUCCUGACCCUGCUCUACAAGCUGGAGGGGCCGCAGCCCGAUGAUUUUGUGGUGGCGCUGGAGGUCACCACCUGGGACUCGGGGACCUGCCUUGAGGGCAACCUCACCUCCCUGCCUGAGCCCAAUGGCCGGCACUACCCCCGGUUCCUCCCGGCUCCUCCGCCUGGACUUGCCAAGCUGCUUGCCGCCUGCCACCGUGGCUCCCACGGCUGGACCAGCCGGUGCUAUGAGCUGGAGCUGCAGGACUGCAGCCUGCGAGACCUCUCUGUGAUUGUGUCCCGCCAGCAGCCCAGCCCGCAGGAGACAUCCUUCACCUGCCUCCUUGGGGAGGUCCGGGUGCUGGACACAGCCAGCGUGGCGGCUUCUCCGCCACAGGUGCACAGUGUGACAGCCUCGCAGCUUUGGUGGCAGGAGGGCCCUGAGCCCGAGGAGCUCUCACUCAGCCUCACCCUGCGCUGGUCCUUCCCGCCUGGCCGUGCUGGAUGCUUCCGUGUCCUGAGCCAGGGUGCCCGGUGCCGCCGGGGCCAGACGGCGCCGCAGCUGCUGGGGCUGGCGCAGGGCUGCCUGUUCCGUGCCGUGGGGGUGCCGGUGCCGCGGCCGAUGCCCGGGCAGUCCUGCCGGCUGGAGCUGCUGGUGGAACCGGUGCUGCGGGACGAGCUGCCCGUGGACCCCGACCGCUGGGGCCGCCUCGUGCUGGUCUAUUCUGCACCAGGCAGCGGCACCAGCUCAGACGGGCAUUAAAGCAAC